AUGUGUGUGGCGGGAAGACAAAUAAACGGUUACAUCGAGAGGAGAGCUGGAAACAAAGCCGGAGAUGGGGACAAAGCGACAGACAGUGAGAUGUGUGAACGUGGUGGUGGUGCAGGGGGGGUCCCUCUCUCCGCCACCUGUUCAACCCCACCCCCCUUUUACCACCAUCAGCACCAGGACUGGGUGACGAGUGGACAGAUGUGGGCGGCCUCCUCUCGCCUGGUCAGCUCUGCCAAAGCUCGCAGUCCAGUGCUUAAAACGCCUUCGUACGAGCCACCCGGACUCCGGCCAGAAGACUCCAGUCUGCAGCUGACUCUGCGUCAUCAAGAGGUCAGCGAGGGGGUGAGGCAGGAGGCGGCAGAGGGAAACAGGAGCCUCCCGGGCUGGCAGAGUGGAAGGCCUGGUCCUCAGGUCGGCAGGGAGCUUGCGUUGGCUCUGGCUGUGCCGCCCACAGCCGGCCGUGCUCUCCGGGACACCAGCGCCACCUGCUUACUCUGUGAGGCAGCUUUGGAGCGCAGUGGGGGGCUGGGCGGACCCACGCACUCACAACAUGUUUCACCAGUUUGUUUGGAAACCUGCAGCCAGUGA